AUGAACGACCGGUCCAAUUCAAUUAGGGUCUCUGCCGGAGGAACCUGCGAGUGGCUUCUUCAACACGAAAUAUGGAAAAAGUGGAAGUCUUCUGAACGUGGCUUACUCUGGAUCAAGGGCAAGCCGGGCUCGGGAAAGUCAACCUUGCUACGAUACGCGCUGCACGAGCUCAAGUCAACCAAAACGGCGAAGAAGGCACUAAUGCUAUCAUUCUUCUUCCACGGUCGCGGUAAUGACCUACAAAAGAACCAACUUGGCCUCUUCCGCUCACUUCUACACCAAGUCCUCUCCGAAAUGCCCAAGCAGUUGGCCAAGUUGGUGACCACAUUUGACCAACGACGGCAUGAGAUUGGCAGACCAGGAGUAGACUGGACCUGGGAGCUUGAUGAGCUGCGCGAAUCAUUCAAGUGGUCCAUUCUUGAUGUCUUGAAGAACCGCCUAGUCUGGAUAUUCGUUGACGCCCUAGACGAGAGCGGGGCUGAGAAUGCAAAAGAAGUAAUCCGGCAUUUCAAGGACCUGCUACAGGGCCCGUCUGCCCGUUCGAAGCUUCGAAUUUGCUUUGCUUGCCGUCACUACCCCAUUGAAAGCUCUGAGGGUGGCUUCGAAAUGUGCACCGAGGAUGAGAACAGCCGGGAUAUCCUCACGUAUGUCCGAGCCCGACUAUCCGAUUUCCAAAACCCCACGGCACUAGCCCUUCCGGAUCUUAUCACUGAGCGCUCUAGUGGCCUCUUCAUCUGGGCUCGCCUCGUUGUUGACCGGAUUCUGGAUCUUGAGCUGGCAGAUGACCCCAAUAGUGCUGACCAGCUAAUCAAUAACAUCAUUGACACACUUCCUCGGGAUCUGAACGCUCUUUACUCCGAUAUAGUCCGAGAUACAGAAAAGUCGCCACCAUCCCUGAAGUUGAUGCGGUGGAUCAGUUGUGCUCAAAGACCUCUAUCCUUGGAUGAAUUGCGGUGGGCAAUGGUCAUCGACCCUAACUUGCCACACAAAUCAUUGAGAGACUACAAAAACACUCCAAAUUACAUCGAAAACGAUGAUGUCUUGGAAAGAAGAGUGAAGACGCUUAGCCACGGCCUGGUCGAGAUCAUUUCUUCCUCUAAGACACGAACGGUUCAGUUUAUACAUCAGUCGGUCAAAGAGUUUUUCGAUAACAGGUCUCCGGCAUCUAUGGAAGAAGCUUCCGGGGAUAAACUCUUCUCACUUACCGAAGCGGCACACUACAGGCUAUACAGGAUAUGCAUUCACUACUUGACUAUGGAAGAGAUGGCCGAACUUUCUAGCUUGGAAGGGAUGGGCUAUGCUCAGCUGUACCAACUCAAUCAAGCCGCCUUGUUGGCUAAGUAUCCCCUACUCAGCUAUGUUAUCACGUCGUGGAUCGCGCACCUUGAAAGAUGCCGGGAGAGCCAUCAAGCAAGAUCUCAGCCCAUCAGUUGGCCGCCGAAGUCUAUCCUGGAGCGAUGGAGAAACGCUUCCUGGUUCUUACACACGCGCAUGAUCGGAAAUGACUUUCCACCAGCCAAAGCCACCUUGGUGCAUGUACUGGCACGGUAUGGAUUGGUUGUGCUACUACAGAUGCUUUUGGGCCACGGAGAACCAGCCGACAUAAAUUCAAGGGAUGACCUUGACCGAACACCAUUGCUAUACGCAGCCGAGAGAGGCUACGAAGCCGCAGUACAGGUUCUUCUAGAAGCAGGAGCUGAGGUCGACCACCAGGACGUUUAUGGAGCGGCGCCAUUACAUUUCGCAGCACUAAGAGGACAUGUUUCGAUCAUGAGACUUCUCUUGGUGAGAGGAGCUAAUGCCGACCUGAAAGACAAGCAUGGAUUUACCCCAUUG